AUCACACCAAACAUCAUUCACACACACAGAAACUUCACUCUCUCUCUACUCCACCCACCCCCUUCUUCUUCUUCUCCUUCAUCUUCCUGCAACUUCUCUCUCUCUACAAUCUCACUGUGUGAGAGAGAAACACACACAAAUGAGGUUCCUCUACCUUAUCCUCCUCCUACAACUCAUCUCCACCACCAUCACCACCACCACCAAACCCCACCGGUUACCGGAACACAAAGCACUCUUAUCAAUCAAAUCCAAAAUCACCGACGACCCACAAUCGUCCCUCUCCACCUGGAACAUUUCCACGUCACACUGCACCUGGUCCGGCGUCACGUGCGACUCUCUCCGUCACGUCACCGAUCUCAACCUCUCCGGCCUCAAUCUCACCGGCACCCUCUCCUCCGACAUCCACCACCUCCAGAGCCUCGUCAACCUCUCCCUCGCCUCCAACAACUUCGGCGGCCCUAUUCCGCCGGAGAUCUCGCUCAUAUCCGGUCUCAUUCAACUCAAUCUUUCAAACAACAUUUUCAACGAAACCUUCCCGCCGGAACUUUCUAACCUGAAGCUUCUACAACUCCUUGACCUGUAUAACAACAACAUGACCGGAGAUCUACCGGUCGCCGUCGCUGAAAUGACGAGCUUACGUCAUUUACAUCUCGGCGGUAACUACUUCUCCGGCGUCAUUCCUCCGGCGUACGGUAAACUCCCGGCGUUAGAAUACCUAGCCGUUUCCGGUAACGAACUCACCGGACCUAUUCCGCCGGAGAUCGGAAACAUAUCGACAUUACAACAACUGUAUCUAGGUUAUUACAACACUUACACCGGCGGUAUACCGCCGGAAAUCGGUAACUUAACUAACUUAGUCCGGUUAGAUGCCGCUAACUGCGGGUUAACCGGUGAAGUUCCUCGUGAAUUUGAGAAACUAACUAAUCUAGAUACGUUGUUUCUUCAAGUUAACGGACUCACCGGUUCUCUAACUCGAGAACUCGGAUACUUGAAAAGUUUAAAAUCAAUGGACCUGUCUAACAACAUGUUCACCGGUGAGAUUCCGGACUCGUUCCGGAAUCUCACCAACUUGACUUUGUUGAACUUGUUUCGCAAUAAACUUCACGGUUCGAUUCCGGAGUUCAUCGGUGAGCUUCCGAAGCUAGAGGUGUUGCAGCUAUGGGAGAAUAACUUCACUGGCAGCAUCCCGCCCGGUCUUGGGUUAAACGGAAGGUUGAAGUUCCUUGAUCUGAGUUCCAACAAGCUUACCGGUGCACUUCCUGCUGGUUUAUGCACCGGAAACAACCUUGAAACGGUUAUUGUGUUGGGUAACUUUCUGUUUGGACCCAUCCCGGAGGCUUUAGGGGAAUGUAAGUCUUUGUAUCGAAUCCGAAUGGGGGAGAAUUUCCUCAACGGUUCGAUUCCUAAAGGGCUUUUUAGUUUGCCUGAUUUGUCACAGGUUGAGCUGCAGAAUAACUUUCUGUCUGGGGAGCUACCGGUUAGUGAGUCGGUUUCGGUUAAUCUCGGUCAGCUUAGUUUGUCGAAUAAUCGGUUGACCGGUCCGUUACCGGCUACUAUUAGUAAGUUUUCUGGUGUGCAGAAGCUUUUGCUUGAUGGUAAUAUGUUUUCUGGGAGUAUUCCUGGUGAGAUUGGGAAGCUCCAGCAGCUUUCCAAGAUUGAUUUUAGUCAUAAUAAUUUGUCGGGCGAGAUUGCACCUGAGAUUAGUCGGUGUAAGCUGUUGACGUAUGUCGAUCUUAGUCGAAACCAGCUGUCGGGUGAGAUCCCGACCGAGAUUACGGACAUGCAUAUAUUGAAUUACUUGAAUCUAUCGCGUAAUGAAUUGGUUGGCAGCAUUCCGACGUCUAUUGCUUCAAUGCAAAGCUUGACGUCGGUUGAUUUUUCGUAUAACAAUCUGUCGGGUUUGGUUCCGGGUACUGGUCAGUUCAGUUACUUCAAUUACACAUCCUUUUUGGGGAAUUCGGAUCUUUGUGGACCGUAUUUAGGACCAUGCAAAGAAGGGGUUGCAGACGGUACUCAUCAACCGCAUUCGAAAGGACCGCUUUCCGCUUCAGUGAAGCUGCUGCUUGUUAUCGGCCUGCUUCUUUGCUCCAUUGCAUUUGCCGUUGCAGCGAUCAUCAAAGCACGAUCUAUAAAGAAAGCAAGCAAAGCUCGCGCGUGGAAGCUCACUGCUUUCCAGCGGUUAGACUUCACUUGUGACGAUGUUCUCGAUAGUUUGAAAGAAGAUAACAUAAUCGGGAAAGGCGGGGCCGGGAUCGUUUACAAAGGCGUGAUGCCGAACAACGAGAUCGUUGCAGUCAAACGACUUCCGGCAAUGAGCCGUGGUUCAUCGCAUGACCACGGGUUCAAUGCAGAGAUUCAGACUUUAGGGAGGAUUCGACACCGACAUAUUGUUCGAUUGUUAGGGUUUUGCUCUAACCAUGAGACAAAUCUGUUGGUUUACGAGUACAUGCCGAAUGGGAGUUUAGGUGAAAUGCUUCAUGGAAAGAAAGGAGGCCAUCUGCAUUGGGAUACAAGGUAUAAGAUUGCCGUUGAAGCCGCAAAGGGUCUUUGCUACUUGCAUCAUGAUUGUUCGCCGUUGAUUCUCCACCGCGACGUGAAGUCAAACAACAUACUUUUGGACUUUGAUUUCGAAGCGCAUGUCGCCGAUUUCGGGCUUGCUAAGUUCUUGCAGGAUUCCGGUACUUCAGAAUGCAUGUCCGCUAUCGCCGGUUCUUACGGCUACAUAGCCCCAGAAUAUGCUUACACACUUAAGGUUGAUGAAAAGAGUGACGUGUACAGUUUCGGUGUGGUUCUGUUGGAACUGGUAACGGGGAGGAAACCGGUCGGUGAGUUUGGGGAUGGGGUGGAUAUUGUACAAUGGGUUAGAAAGAUGACAGAUGGAAACAAGGAAGGUGUUGUUCAAAUCCUGGAUCCUCGGUUGUCGACGGUUCCGAUCCACGAGGUGAUGCACUUGUUCUACGUCGGAAUGUUGUGUGUUGAAGAACAGGCGGUUGAGCGUCCGACCAUGAGAGAAGUUGUUCAGAUGUUAACAGAGCUUCCGAAGCCUCCGAAUUCCAAGUCGGGAGAUGGGGAUUCCACCGCCACGGUUGCCGCUACUACGGUUGAUAUUCCUCCAUCACCCGCUGUGGAAUCUCCGACGAGAGGUGGUAAAGAUGACCAAGAACAAAAGCAGACACAUGAUCUUCUAAGCAUAUGAAAACAAGAGUGUUUGAUCUGAAAGCUGUAUGAAUUGGUUAUUUGGGGUUAGUUUUAAGUUUCUUUUUUAGUUUUUAAUGUUGAAGUAUCUAACUAUUAAGGUUGUUUUGGUAUGUAAUAUGUGCAUGGUAAGAUUGGUUUGUUGGGAGAUUUAAGUAAGGUUAAUGUAACUCUUCUCUUUAUGUUUUUCUUUCUAUGAAAGUAUGGAAACAUGCAAAUGCCAUGGUGGAACAACUCACAUGGUAAAAUGGUA